GAGGACUGCAGCUCACCUGUGGACUCCACCCUGAUUGUUUGAAAAACAGAAGAUGGAUGCUGUGAAGAUAUUCUGCUGGACUCUGGGGUGUGUCUGCCUCCUGCUGCCUGUAACUGCAGAUCAGAAAAUCAUCACAGCCGAGUCUGGACAGAACGUCACACUGCCGUCUCGAGCUCCAAAUGAGAACAAAACCAUCACAGUAGUAGAGUGGAGCAGAACUGAUCUGGAGUCAGAACAUGUGCUUUUGUACCGAGAUGAGCAGUUUGAACCAGAAGAGCAGCAUCCAUCUUUUAAGAACCGAGUGGAUCUGCAGGACAGACAGAUGAAGGAUGGAGACGUGUCUUUGAUUCUGAAGGAUGUGACGACUGCUGAUAGUGGAACAUAUGAGUGUCGAGUCUUCAUGGGAGGGAAAGAACGCAGGAAGAGAGCUCAUCUGAAGACUGACCCCAUCAGCAGCAUCUACCUGAGUGUCAGACAGAAAGACGUGUUGGACUGA